AUGCGGAGCGAGGUGAGCGAGUGGCUGGCGACGUGCGUCGGCUCGCCGAUCUGCAUCCUGCUGCUGUCGUGGUGUCUGCUGAUAUAUCAAAACCAGCCAUCGGCCACGAAGAGGCGCAUCGAUAUAUUCACCAUCGCCAUACUGGCUCAAAGUCUCCUGCACCAGCUUGGUUUACUGCUCUUCGCGGUGUUCACGCUCGUUCAGCCCACCCGGCAUUUCGAAGAGUUCUGCUCGGUGCUCGUCUGGCUCCUGAACUCCUCGGGCAUCCUGCAGGAGACGAGUCUCACGAGCAUCGCCGUAUUCGCCGCCCUGACCGUCCGGGAUGAAGGCCCGAACGUCAAGAAGCACCACAUAAAGUACCACCUGGCCAGUCUGGCGGUCAUGAGCGCCUGCGUCGGCGUCACCGGAGUACUGACCUCCGAGACCGGCAGCUGCGUCUUCCUCGCCCACGACAUAUCGCCAAAGUACGGGCUCUACUUCAACGGGCUCAGGAGCCUGCUCGUUCUCACGACACUCUUGAGCUUGCUAACAGCACUGUUCCGAGGUACCUGCCGGUCCUCGCCAAAAGCCGAACUGUUGAAGAGCGUCUCCGAUCUAUCCGAGGCGAGUUCGAAAAACUCAUCGUCCUCAGUGGGGGCGUUCGAGUGCCAGCAUCAUCAUCACGGACACUGGGAACCUUCGAGCGACUCCUGUGCCAGUGGCUCGACCAACAGCCGGGCUUGCUUGAAAAAGCGACGCCUCGAGGCCGACGAAGCUAGCGGCUGGCCCACCAUUUACACGAUACUGUUUGUCUGCUACGUGUUUGAUCAUCUGCCGCUUUUGAUCAUCUCAAUAAGGCCGGAUUUGUUGCGGAACAUCUGCAGCGUACAAAACCUGGCAACCUGGCUGCCACUGGUCAAAGACACUCUCCUGCCAAUAUUCCUUGCCAUCUUUGACAAAAUGUUCUGCCAGUACAUAGCCAAAGUUUACACGAAGCAGGACCGCUCGACACGAAUCGCACAUUGUGGCGUUGACGGCAAGUUCCGGCACUUCGAGCAGGACAACGAGUACAAGUUGCAGCUAAACUUGAACCACGGCCUCAAGUUUCCGCUGUCGGAGGCAGUGAGCGGGGCAGCCGGCAACGGCAGUCUCUACGCUGGCUUGCACAACCAUCCGAGCCGAGUCGGUCGAAACGGCACGAUGCUGCUCGGAAGCCAGACCCACCUGCACUACGGCAACAACAGCCGAUCCAACGCGUCAAGUGGGGACAACACGUACGCCUCGAUAGCCAACACGCCCGAGAGCUCGUCGACGUACGUGGGCUCGAGCUACGAGAAUCGCCGUCGCCACCACCAUCAGCUACUCGAGUCCAUCACCAACAAAUCACCCAAGCAACAGCACAUGGCGCAUCAGCAGGCGCGCAAUCUCGGCCGUGCCAACAGCACGAGCAAUGGCAAGUGCAACGGGGCUUACGCUUCGUCAUCUUCCGUGGCUGAGAGACAGCAGCAUCAGCAGCAGGGGUUUGCUUCGAGGAGGAACGACGUCGACGUCUUCGGGCAGAAUACCAAGCUCGUGGAGAGCUUGAUGCAGUUUGACGAGCAGUGUGGGUACGGUGCCCGUCGCCUCAAGCACUUUGCGAAGAGUUUGGACGAGAUCCGGGAGGAGGCGCCGCGCCGAAACUCCCGCAGCGUCCUUGGCAACCGCGAGGCCGAGCGCAUGUACCCGGGUCACCUUCGACCGUACCUGCACCAGCAACAGCAAGCCGAAAGGGCGAGGAGCCACAUGGCCGCGCUUCGGAGGAACCAGAGCUUCGAUCUGCACCUGCGCUACCCGAGGAUCGAACUGCCGCAGGUCAACUCCUCCAGGACCUACGAUGUCAAGCGGGAGCUCGCGGUCAAGCGCGGCCUGCAGAUGAUCGAGCAGACGAGGGGGAACGAGCGCGAUUACGAAGAGGAGGACGAGGCUGGGUACGAAACGUCGGACGACGAGAGUUGCGACCGGGAGAGCCAGGACUUUGACACUAUGAGUUCCUGUCGGAGCCGGGCGCGCAGCUGCUGUUCCGUUACUACAGUGGCCAACGAUGACUUCGAGUAUUUCCAACGCAAGGGAACAAAGUACCAGAGUCAGCUACCCCGGCCACUCGAAAGUAAAGGAAGCAUGCGCUGUUUUACACCCCGAAUAAUCGAGAACAACAAUAAUAACAAAACCAAUAACGAUGGGAUAAAGGUAAUUAAUUCGAAACCGGUAAUCCAAUCAUAUCGGCUGAAGAAGAAAAUGAGUGCGGGUUACUCUCUCAACGACCUGGACAAGUUCAAUGUAGCCAACGAUCACAAGUGCAGUGCCGGUGGAACGAACGGCUCGAGUAAACAGCCGCCGGCGCUCUCAAUCGAGAGUCUCAAGAGCAUACUCAGAAGCUCGGACGUAAGCUACCUCGAUAACGGGGAAAUCUGCAGGCACGACAUCGGUGGCUCGGCCCCUGACUUCAAAAAGAUCUUUGUCACUGAGUUCAUUUGA